AGCAGGGGGAUGAAACGACGUCGUUUCUUUACUGGUUCAUUGUUCAAGCUCUAAACGCGGGACCUGUUGCCGCCAAUUCUCACUUCCCUCACCCCACACAAAUAUAAAUAAAAGUAGACCUUUUUUUUAGGUAUUUAGUACGUACCCCUUCUGCUUUUUUGGGUUGGGAAAUUGAAAAAUAUGGAGAUAAGGGUAAAGUGCAGUUGCGGAGACAUGUGCCCAGAGUGGGCGAUCGUAGAAUUACAAGGCGUGGUUGAAGUUCAGCCCCAGUUUCAAGACCGCCUUCAAAACCUGCAAAUUGGCCAUCUCUGCCGCCCUUCUUCUCAGGAAGUAUAUACCUUCACCGUUGGAUAUCAUGAAUUAACGGGGACGAAAGUGCCCUUGAAGAAGCCACUGUUGGUGCUGAAGAAAGUGAAACACCCGAGUGUUGAUGCAGCAGAUUCGGCGAGGGCAGAGUUGGAAGUUAUUGGAAUUAUUCGGCACAAGAUUUUGUUCAAGACCAGACCCAUGGCCCUCAUUUCCAAUAUUCCAAUCAAUUUGAUUAUGGUUAUCACGUUAAUUGUUUCAGAACCACAACCAACAGUGAAGGGAAGAGCUGGAGCACCAGAUUCGAUUCUGUCAACCAAAUAGAGCAUUUGGAAGUCAGCAAAGCAGAAUUCUCGGGCUUUUUUAUUUCUUUUUGCUAUUUGCUUUUAACAGAUUACAACUAGUCUAGGAAUAUGAUAUUGCUUUUUACCUUUCCUGUUAAAUUUCAUAUUUCAAAGCAGAAACUCUGUUAUGUAUUUCCUACUUUGUAAUAAUAAGAAAAAGCAGUUAUGAAGGAA